GGGAGGCCCCGCCACGGGACGCAGCGACGGGGGCCGCGUCCUGCGCCAUGCUGCUGCUCCUGGCACUGAGCGUCUGCGCCCAGCCCGGCACCGGUCUCCCCCCGCGCCACAUGGACUCGGUGGUUCAGAUCGUGGAAGCCCUGGAGGCGAGCGAGCCCGGUUUCACGGUGCCGGAGCUGGCGCGGGCGCUGGGUGGCUGCGGCACCCCGGGGUGCCGCGCGGUGCUGGGAGAACCCCCCGACGUCCCGGCGGCCCCCCCGGCGCUCCCCGGCGAGCAGUGGCUGCUCUUCACCCAACUCCUGCGCCGCGACGACGAUGCCGCACCCGAGGGCGGCGCGGUGCUGGCACCCGACAGCUCCACCGUCGCCCUCGGUCCCCUCUUCGCCGGCAUCGAGGUCGGCCUCAAGCGGGCGACAGGGUGCCCCACCCCCACCAUCGAGCCACCCAUCGACGCGCUCUACGCCGUCACCAUCGCCGAGGCUUUGGGGACGUCCUUCCUCCUGGCUCGUGGUGCUGAUGGCCACCAAGCCACGCUGGGACCUGCCGGCUGUUGGGACGACGUGGAUGACCCCCAAAACUACACCCUGUUGGGACCCCCGUCACCCAUCCCUGAUGCCGUCGCCAUCGGGGCCAUGGAUGGGGUGCUGUUGGGUGCCCAGCUGGCCCGAGAACCCAUCCCACUGGCCGAACUUCUCCGGGGCUACUACGGGACAGGCAACGGCACGGAGAAGGGGCGACCACCCAGUAGUUACCGGCGGCGAGAUUUUGGGGUGCUGACGGGGCCGGGGAAGCUGGAGGAGGAGGUGGUGGCCAUGCUGAGGGUGCUGCGGGAGCUGCCACCCACCCAGGAGCUCCUGGAGGACGUGGGACCGGAGGAGAUGGUGGCCAUUGCCCGUCAAGCGGCGCGGGACUUCACGGAGGUCUAUGUGGAGUGCCCGGCCAUCGUGCCCCGCUGCAUGUGGGGUGCCCGUCCCUACCGGGGCACCCCCAAACCGUUGACCCUCCCCUUGGGCUCCAUCUACAUCCACCACACCUUCAGUCCCAGCGACCCGUGCCGCACCUUCGCCGCCUGCGCCCGCGCCAUGCGCGCCAUGCAACGCUUCCACCAGGACACCCGCGGUUGGGAUGACAUCGGCUACAGCUUCGUGGUGGGGUCGGAUGGCUACCUGUACCAAGGCCGAGGUUGGCACUGGGUUGGUGCCCACACCAAAGGCUACAACAGCAAAGGCUACGGCGUGGGCUACGUUGGAGACUUCUCGGCCACCUUGCCGGACCCCGACACCAUCGCCCUGGUGCGGGACGAGCUCCUGCCUUGCGCCGUACGCACCGGCCGGCUCCACCACAACUACACCCUCCGUGGGCACCGUCAGCUGGGUCACACCGACUGCCCCGGCAACUCCCUCUUCCAUGAGAUCGAGACCUGGCACGGCUUCAAGUGAGGACCAGCCCCGUGGGUCCUCGUCUGGAUGGGUGCGGGCAAGGUUGGAUCAUGGUCUGGAUGGAUGUUGGCCUAAUGGGUGAUGAUCUGGCUGGAGCUUGGGCCAACAGAUGUUGGUCCCAGGUGGAUGACAGCCUGGGUGGACCCUGGUCCGGGUGGCCACCAGUCUGAUGGCCACCAGCCUGAGUGGAUCCUGGUCCAGAUGGACACCAGUCUGAUGGCCACCAGCCUGGUAGACCUUAUUCUUGAUGGACCCUGAGCCAAUAGAUGCCAGCCCAGAUGGACCCUGGUCUAGGCGGACACCAGCCCAACGGAUGCCAACCCUGAUGGACACUGGCCCAGAAGGACCCCGGCCCAGAAGGACCCCAGCCAUGAAGACUAUCAGCCUGGACAGAUCCUGGCCGAGGUGGGCACCAGCCCGGAUGGAUCCUAUCCCGGCCCCACUGGCCCAGCAGACCAGCCCAGUAGCCACAAUAAAAGUCAGUGCCAGGACAUCAGCUUCGGAU